AAAAAGACAUUGUGGCCAUUGCGUAUAUUAAUGUACAUUUGUGCAGCUCUACCAUAUGAGAUCAAUGAAUUUCAUACCCCAUCGUGCAGAAUUAUAUGUUGGAGAUUUAUGCAUCAAGUUAUAGUAACAGUAUUUGUCGGAUGGCUUUCUGUGCUGCGUUUCAAUCGUUUUCAAGAUGUACUGUACAAAAAGUCUGAUAUAUUCUCUGUUGGCAUGGACUCUAUGGGCUAUGGCCUUCUAUUACUCAUUCAUUUAAUUGUCUACUGUGAAAAUACCUGGAAAUCACUUUAUUACAUUGAAAUAUUUAAUAAUUUCGAAAUGAUUUUGCAAAAAUUCCAAUUAAAUUUAAAAUUCAAAUUAAACAUAAGUCGUUUACACUUAUACACGAUGGUGUUGUACAGUAUGCUGGCGUUGAACAUUACAAUUACGUUUUUUGUAAUCUAUUUGCGGUACAUAAAAUCCUUGAACGCAAUACGUCUAUUGUUGGCCCAGUAUAGUGAGUUUAUUCUGAAACUAAAACUCACCGAAUAUGCUCUGUUUCUUGUCAUUAUAAUUGUCAUUCAAUUGCAUUUGAACGUUUUCACCAAGCAUUAUGUGAGACAUACAAUACCACGACUGAAGUGUGUACCAGAAGGAAGGGAACAGGAUGAAAUAUUACAUGUUAUUGGAAUACUGCAGGAUAUUCAUUAUUUACUUAUUUCCAAUGUAAAUCACUUGGAACACUAUUUUGCCUGGAGUCUGCCCAUGUUGAUAUUGAAAAUGUUUUCGGAGAUCGUAUUAACCUCGUAUUGGAUAUAUUUUAGUGUGGAUUUUAAAAUAAAUCUUUAUUUUCAAUUGUAUGGCUACUCCGUCAUAGUCUUGCAUAUAAUAAUUGUAUUUGUUAUAAGCUGUUUAUGCUCAAAAUGCGAAAAGUUGGAUACCGAGUUUUCAAAUAUUUUCCACAUGACAAAACACGAAAGAUACAAUCCGUUCUUAAAUGCGCUACUGAAGGAAAUGUCUUUGCAAAUAUUCCAUCAAAAAAUUCGUUUUACCGCAGGUGGUUUUAUUGAUGUGAAUUAUAAACUAUUUGGAAAGUUGAAAACCCCGGUGCGUGAGACCGGCGUCACCAUUAAUCAAAGUCAAAUUAGCGUCACCAUUGGCGGGUUAAGUUUGACAUUCUGUUUCUAA